CUUAAGGACGUACCAUAGACAAUUACCAAAAAGGUGAAAAAAGAGUAGUACUAUUAUAUCAUGAAACUAAAGAUGGAGUUUUCCUCUAUUAUAGCAAAGCUUCUUCUCCUCACCACACUUGUUACCACAUUGGUUAUCUCCAGAGCUAACGAAGAGCUGAUGAUGCAACUAUGUCACAACUCCGACAACCCCACCUUGUGUCUUCGCUGUCUGAGCUCAGACCCAACUGCUCCAAAAGCCGACCAUGUCGAACUGGCUCGCAUCAUCCUCAGAUGCGUCAACUCUCACCUCAUCACCCUCACCAACAACACUUCCACUUUGGCCCCGAAGCACCGCCGGGAUCCUAAAGCUGCAGCCGCCUUGAAACAGUGUGGUUUGGGUUACGCGACGGCAAAGCGUGGCGUGGGAAAGGUCGACGCUCACUUGAUAGCCGGAGAUUACGACAAGGCUGCGUAUGACGUCAGCAUGACGGUGGAGGCUCCUCCGGUCUCGUGCCGUGCCAGUCUCGUGACCCUUAAUUUUAAUUUGCCCUCGAGUUUCCGUUACCAUACAGAGGUUUACUUGGCGUUAACUCAAGCUCUGCUCAGGAUCAUUGAUCGCUUCUAGUGACUUUAUUACCUAAUUUCUCAAAAAGUCAUAUGGUCUUAUCUUACCUAGCAUUAUCAAUGACUAUUUAACUGUGUCUAGCUUCUCAAGUUUAAAUCCAAGUUUGCUUCUUCUUCUUCUCAAUCAUUUCAAGAUUGAAUGAAAAAUGGUGAAAAACUUAUUUUUCACUUUAAACAUCUCUGUUCAUAUCA